AUGACCUCCAUCACCUCCUCCCAAACCACCUUCACCACCACCAUCUCCACCACCAACACCGCCGCCUCCAUCGAAGCCGAAUCCAAAUUCCUCGCCCGUAGCCACCACCUCCGACACACCCGUCUCCUCCUCGCAACCCUCACCUUCUUGACUUCCAUCCCCACCAUCGUCUGCGAAGCCAUCGCCCUCCACCACUACCGUCAGACCUCCCCCUACACGCGCAUCUGGCUAUACCUCUGGCCGAUAAAUCUGGAUCUGCGUCCCACGAUCGCUCUCCUAGCGUGUGGUUGUGUCAUUGCCUUUCAGAAUUUGCUUUAUGUCGUUACGGCGGUGCUUCCUUCUCCACACCCCCACAUCCGCCGCCUCAACCUCCUCGCCGCCGCCACCGCUCUCUCAGGCUUCAUCGCCGCAGUAGUGGGCGUAAUCUUCGUGAUCUAUCACCCUGGCGCAAGAACAACCAUCGGCUUCAGUAGCACGGAGACAUUACACGAGUGGACAUGUAAGUUCGAGGAAAUCCGGAGCGAGAAUGGCACGGUGGUGGGGAAUGCAACGGCGCCGGUGCAUUUCAGGCGCGAUUGUGAGGUCACCACGGCGGCGUUUGGGUUGUUGAAUGUGUUGUUGGGGUUGGAGGUGGUUAUGGGGGUUGUGGUGGGGUUGGGGUGGUGGGUUGAGAGGAGGGUGGGGAGGUUGAGGGGAAUAGGUUUGGGAGGAGAGAGGAGGGAUGAGAAGAAGGGGGUGGUGAUGGUGGUGGAGGAGGAGGAGGAGGAGAGGGGGAGGGAGAUGAGUUUGGGGGGUGGGAGUGUUGGUGAGGUGGGAAGGUAUCCGGGGACUUGA